AUGUCGAAACCCUGCAAAUUUCGUAACCGUAAAAACAAAAACAUACCGACGAGUCGAACUGAUCCGUACUGCACUCCGGUUAGGUCGACGGCGCAGGUGGGGCGCGUUUCGCGAGCGGUCAACGGAGGCGUGCGCGUAUUACGAAACGCUGGUCCGAACUGUGGCCGCGGGCGAGCCGCUUCCGUGGGUAUAUCGUCGGGAGCCUUUAGGACACGUCACGGACGCACCCGAAAACCGAAACCGAGCGGGCGAUCCGCUGGGGACACGCCGCGGCUCGCCGAGAAUGACGCACUGCAUGUGUCGCAACCGAGGGGGCCGCGUAACCUUUCCACGAGAAGUUCGCAAACGGGCUGGUUGUUUGCUUGU